AUGGCUCAACUCAGUCGAAAGGACAACCAAGCAAUGCUCAAUCUUGGGGAACUGAGCCGCCAUGACGCCAAACUUAUGAUUGAGAUUGCACGAGAUUCACGCUCCGUUGCACUUUCUACUGCCCGGGACAGCGCUUCGAUGAGAGUACUGGCCGUCGUUACAGUUCUGUUUCUCCCUGCAACAUUCACCGCUACGUUCUUUUCCAUGACAUUCUUCAACUUCCUCGAUGACAGCCCAAAAGCUUCACGGUGGAUCUGGAUAUACGUGGCUGCUACUGGCGUCUUGACUCUCAUCAUCCAAGGAAUCUGGGCAUUCAUGUCACAUAGAAGCCAAGCCAAAUUAAUGUCUGACUCGCAAAGUGACAUGAAAUUGAUGGAUGACGAGGAUCCGGUGUCGUUGGCAGGAACUGGGCGUAAAGCACCCUAG